AUAUCUUUUUGUUUUAAUGAAGAAAAAAGCGACUUAUACUUUCUUGUCUAGAUAGAUUAUUCUUCAACGUUUUGACAUGAGUUCAUUGUUACACUGACAUAUUGUUAUAAUAUUGUAAGAAUUCAUGUGGAUCAUUUUCAGUUAAAUUAUAAACUUUAUAUGUAUGUAUAUAUUUCUAUAAAUAAUGUCCAUCAUCAUUAUUGAUUUUUGUUUACGUUACAAUAAUUUCUAAAAUUACCAAUGUUUUUAUAUCAUGAGUUCGAGGUAGUUUGUUAGAAAUUUAAUAAUAAGAUUAUUGUCAUCACUACCAUACUACUCUCAAUUGUUAGCAAGUGACAUUAAAUAUCUAUCAAUAGUUUCAUCAAACAAAUACCAAAAAAAAUAUUUAAUAAUGAACAAUAGUUGGAAUAUUGAAAUUCGAACACAAAUUUAAACGACACAAUAUUAUUUACAAUUUGGUAUUUGGAAUUUUUGUUAUUAUUCAAAAGUUAUUCAAUUAAACUAAUUCAAAAUGUGUUUAUUAUAUUUAUGGUAGUUUUGUACAUAUGAAUAUUUUGUCAUUAAUUUGAAAACAAGAAAAAAAGAGACUAAACAUCGAAAGUUUAUCUUUACAUUAUGAUUCAAAGGAUUAUCAUGAUUCUGUUAUUUUUCUAUAUCAUUAAGGAUAUUAUUUAGUGAUUUAAAGAACAUUGCAUAGAACUGAGUACUACCAGAACAAUUAAUUCAUUCAAACAAUACACUUUCUGAAGUUAUAACGAAAACAUUUUCAUCAGUUUCAACUAGAAAAUUAUGAACAGUGAAAUUUAUGGUGGCGAAACACUGUUAGGAUUGUUUAGUCCACCAACAGCUGGUCAAUUAUUACCGAAUUUAUUAUUACCACCAAACGAAUCAUCCAACUCAUCAAUUGAUGUUCAUAAAUUAGCUAUGUCAUUAAAUUCUAAUUCUACACAGGGAAUUUCCAAUAUGAACAAAAUUAAUAAUAAUAACAUUUUGCAACCUUUACAACAACAAACACAAAGACAAAAUCCUUAUGAACAUCAAGAAUAUUUUUCAUUGAGAAAUUCAUUAAUAGGUUCAUCAGUUACAUCAGGUACGACUGCAGCAUCUGGAACAGUGACACCACCGACAAUAACAAAUGGUAUGCCUCCAGUAUCGAAUUCACUGGAACAUUAUUCACGAUUUCUUAAUUCUCGUGUCAAUUCUACUAAUGUUAAUAUCAGUGAUGGUGGCAGUAACUGUCCUUAUAAUAAUGAUACAGAUGAAAAUGGAUUAGAUAUGAAACAGAAUAUUGAAAAGAUUAAAAGUCAUCCAUUAUUUCCCUUACUUGCUUUAAUAUUUGAAAAAUGUGAAUUAGCCACAUGUAUACCAAGAGAUGAGAAUUCCAGUAGUUCCGCCGAUGUUUGUUCAUCUGAUUCUUUUCAAGAAGAUAUAAGUAUGUUCACGAAAGAAAUGGCUUCUUCAAAUCGAUCAAUGUUUACUUCUGAACAAGAAUUAAAUUUAUUAAUUAUUCAAGCGAUUCAUGUGCUUCGGUUUCAUUUACUGGAAAUUGAGAAGGUUCAUGAAUUAUGCGAUAGUUUUUGUUCACGUUAUAUUACAUGUUUAAAAGGUAAAAUGCCUUUGGAUUUAGUCUGUGAAGAUAGAGAAUCUGCUGCUGAUUCUACAGGUUCAGCAACAAGUCCAUUUUUAAAUCGUUCAUCUACGCCAAAUUUAUUUACUGAUCAAAAUGAAUCAAUAACAAAUAGUCAACAGAACAAUUCUAAUCUGUAUAAUAAUAACAAUAAUAAUAAUAAUGGCUCUGUACAAACGGGAUCAUUAUUACUUUCAAAUCAUCUUCUUCAGUCAUCAUCAUCUGCGUCGCUUACGCCAAAUUCAAUUCCUUAUCUACAAGAAUCUUGUUUAUUUAAUUCGGAUUCAUUAAAUAUUAUGCAAUCAUUCAAUCGUACUACUACUAAUAAUAAUAGUGUAUCAACUGUAGAAAAUUUUAAAACUAUUCUAUCUAAUGAAUUUGAACAUAAUCAAACUAUUAAUUCUAAAAAUAUUAGUAUCACUGCAGAUUCGUCAAAAUUAAACUUUGGUUUAAAUGGAUCCAUGUCAUCAUCAUCCACAUCAUCAAUGGGUUCAACUUCACCUAAUGCACAAUUGUCAUCUGUGGGUCGCAACCAAACGGGAUUAAGUGGAUUAUCUAAUGCCACAUCUAGUGCAGUUAUCCCGAAUUCCAUAACUACUGAAGCAGUUACUAUAACUGGAAUUCCCACUGUAACCGAUUCAAGCGAAAGCAGUUCAAUAGAAUCAUACUCUGAUUCGCAAGUUAAUUCUCAUUCAAAUUUAGCUCAAGCUUAUAUGAACCAGUCUAACUUUUACAACAUAAAUUCUCAUGAUGGAAAUAAUACAUGUUCAACUAUUACUAACAAUACUAAUACUACUUCCACUACAACCACUUCUAUGAGUAGUAAAAUUCAUGCAAAUGAUAUUGACAAUGAUAGUGCUGUAAUUCAUGAAGAUUCUGAUAAAUCAAUGAAUUUCCAUACAAGUCCAUUUGAUUAUUCAUCUCAAUCAUUAUAUACAAAUUCUUAUUAUAAUCAAUAUUUUUCACAAUAUAUACGAGAUAACAUUCCUUUGAAUAGUAUGUUACCAAAUAUGAAUGACACAUUAAACUAUACAGAAUCAUUAAACAAUCACAAUAUCAAUAGUAAUCAUACAAAUAGGACUUAUGAAUAUUCUAAUCCUUGUGGAUUUUAUUCAAAUUUUUUCUUAAAUCCAAAUAAUAAUAUACAUUCUAGUGAUAUAAUUGGUAAUUGUUAUGCAUCUUCGACAAAAAUGAAUUCAUCAAAUUCACUAGCUUAUCAUCAUCACCAAAAUCAACAGCAUCUUCUUUCUUCUCAUCAUCAGCAUCCUCAACAUCAGCAGCACCAGCAUCGACAAUAUAACCAAUUGCGUAAUCAUUACCAUUCAUUACUUAGUGAUGCAGUAAAUAAGGAUAACUGUAAUGAUUCCAAUUCCGUACAUCCUAGUCAAUCUAUGCCAAAUUGUUCAUCAUCAACAAUGAAUUCUACAAUUCAACCGCCAAAUUUUAUUGAUCCUUUUAUUGAUGUUUCUGAUGAUGUACAGUCACGUUCACAUGAAACAACUCAUUUACAACAUGAAACUAAUCAAUUAGAGCAUAGUCCAAACUCAAUACCAUAUUUACAGCAUGGAUUACAUUCCCAUUAUCCAGUACUUUCUAAUAGUUCUUCAAUUUCAGUAGCAUCAACAUCACCAUCAUCAUCAUUAUCUACAUCAUCAUUGCAAUAUCAUAAUCUUUAUCAAUUACAACAUUUUCCAUCAAAUCAUACACAUUCAUCCUUAUUACAUAAUUCACAAUAUACAGGAUAUCGUACUAAUUGUAUACCAUCAAGACCAACAUCAAGAAUUCGACAUACAAAAGCAUCUUCAUUGAAUGGUUCAAUUCGUAGCGAUAGUUCAUUAAAUGAUGAUAUACAAGCAGAUAGAAUUGGGCUUAAAUCAAAUGAAUUAGGAGUAGAUGAAACUGGAUCACAAAAAGAUGUUAUGGAAGAAUUGGACUCGGAAACUAGAAAUGAUUUAAAAAGGCAAAAAAAGCGUGGAAUAUUUCCAAAAGUUGCUACAAAUAUCAUGAGAGCAUGGCUUUUUCAACAUUUAACACAUCCAUAUCCAUCGGAAGAACAGAAGAAACAAUUAGCUCAAGAUACAGGAUUAACUAUUUUACAAGUAAAUAAUUGGUAAGUUAAAUCAGUAUUGUUUCAUUCAUGUUUAUUUUAAGUUUGCUUAGCUAAAAACUUAAUUGAAUAUGUUAUUUAACUACACAAUAACAUGGAUUAGACUAAUUGCAUGUGUUGUUAACAUUAUAUAUUGUACUGUAGUGAACAAGAACUCCGGUGGGUAGAAACCAACUUAUUAUUUACUACAGAAUUAUAUAGUGCCAAUAUGAAAACCAUUCAUUAAAUACAUUAGUUGCAUAUCUUCCACCAGUUAUCCUUUACAUAUUUUGUGAUCCCUCCAAUUCUGUUGUUUUCAUAACUGCUCUCUGUUUUCUUCGAUGUCCUCUUCAAGUCAAUCUUCUGUUGGCAGGCAUUCUACUUCCAGCUGGAGCCAUAUACUACUUAUACCUGUCAGCAUAAAUAGCAUACACCACAAUAUUUAAGGUUAAAUAUUCGAAUUGCUAAAAAAUUCAAUAAAACAGAAGAGAUUGAUUCAAUAAACAAGUUUUUAUUACGACACAUUAUGAAUAAAGUUCUGAAAUUCCCUUUAACUCCGUAGCUUAUUAAUCCUAAUCUGUAAGUUAACAAACUAACAAGUUAAUCUUCUUAAAGAAUUGGUAUACACCAAGUUUAUUUAUUAGACAUUAAAAAUGUAAAUAUAUCGUAUGUUUUUCUUCUUAAUGUUCCCGGUAGUUUCUUCAGUAAUGUUUUGUUAUUCGGAGGGAAUUUUCGACAUUCGACGAUUUUGGCUCAGAAAUAAUGGCAAACAAUCUUGAUCAAAACUAAAUACUUUAUAGUAGUUUAAACUUACUUAUCAGUAUAUAUUCAACAAUUCAUGCACAAAUCAAACUUAUAAUGGUAAAAUAUCAGCACAUUGACUAGUAGUCGUUUGUUAUACUCAAGGGAUUUGAAAGUAAUAUAUGAUCAUGUAUGAAAUCUGUGUAGAUUCUGAUGAAGUAUCAUAAACAAUGACGAAAUAACUUUGCUGCUGAUGAUGUAAAUUACUUUAAUUCUGUAUAUAACCUUUUGAUGAGUAAAUUUAGAAACGAUCAGUUAUCUUUUGUUUUUUAUGAUAUGUGUUAUCUCACCUAAAAUGAUUCGAAUUGUACGUUUCAUAAUUUAAUACAGAGUAAACUUCAGUAUACGGUAUUUCAAAAGAAAUAUUUAAAUGUAUUUCAGAAUGAGUUUAAAGACUAUCCAUCAACGAAACAUUCAUUAUCUCUAUAAAGUUUAAAGGCCACUUUCAUUUUAAUAUACUUAUAAGAAUAUGAAUACAAAGAUAAAUAUGAACUCGAUCAACAACAUUGCUUAAAUAAUUAUUCAUUCCUAUUUGAUAUUUUUAUUAUAUUCUUCAUUUAGGUUUAUUAAUGCACGUCGAAGAAUUGUACAACCUAUGAUUGAUCAGUCUAAUAGAGCAGGACCACAUGGUUAUUCAAUCAGUGACAAUAUGCCCCCAUGUAUAGACUAUAUGGAAAGUGGUCCACCGUAUUCAGCUUAUACCAGAGCAGCUCAAGCUGCAGCCGCUGCAGUAGCUGGAUUCUCAAAUCAUCCUACAUCAAAUGAUGUUUAUUUAGCCGCUGCUGCCGCAGCCGCUGCAGCUUCUGUCGGUUUUGGCAAUAGUUCCAUGGUAAACAAUUCAUCGAGCCAAGAUAAUUUGAUUCGAUUCCCUACUACUACUAAUAAUAAUCGUAGUGAUCAAUGCGUUGGUGAUAUUUCAUCAAAGACUAAUGGAAUAGAUUCACUUGUCAUUCCAACAGAUUAUACGCUACCAGAUCGUGUAAGCAUUGUAAAUAAUCGUUUACCCCAUAGUUCAGUAUAUUCAGAUGACGUAAAUGAAAUUCCUGCGAAUUUAUCUUCUUCAUCCUCAAUGUGUAAUAUAUUAACAAAUAAUCCAUUUAAUAGCUCUGGAAUAGAUUAUACAACAGUAAAUACUGCAUACAAUAAUAGUGAUACUACCCAUCAUCAUCAACAGCAUCAAAAUAAUCCUCGUUAUUCCGCCGUGAUGCCAUGUUCUAACUCUUUUGACACAUCAAAUGGAUAUUUAUUAAAUCAUCUUUCAUAUCAUAAUUAUGGUUCCAAUAAUUUUGAUACAAUGUCUACAUUAUCGACAAAUUAUAAUACUAAUCUUAUACCAUCGCAUUAUAAUGCCACACCAACAACAACAUAUUCACCUAAAAAUUAUCGUAUCAAUGAUACAGACAGUAGCAGUUUUAUGAACUCUGAAGACAUUUUAACUACUACUAAUAGUUCAAUUAUUCAUAAUAGUAGUAUGUCAGAUGAUACAAUUUUAGGCAUAAAUACUGUAACCACACCAUCACCAUCAAUGACAGCACGUAAAAAUAACGAUGUAGUUGAAAAUGAUGGUAUUAAUAUUUAUUCAACUUGUUUAAGUACUAUUGGUUCAACCAAAUAAUGAUUCUUCAAAAAUAAAUAAAUCUGGAUCAUUUGAAGAAUAUUUCAAAUAUUUUUGUUGUUGUUGAAAAACCUCUUUUAUUUCUUCUUGAUGAAUGAAUGUAAAGUUUUUUAUUUCUUUUCUUUGACUUCAAUCAUUAUUAUCAUGAACAACAACAACAAAAAGACAAAACAAAAUAAAUGGGCAAAAAUAUGCGGUUUAUUUCCGGUGUUUGAAUAGACAGAGUAGAUUUAAGUAAAAUAUAAAUAAGUAUAUGGAAAUGACAUGUAUUAGGGAAAAGUGAAAAACGAAAGCUGGGAAAUAAUUCACUUACACAUAUAAAUAAUACACACAAACACCUGAAUGUACUUGAAACAAAUUAUAUGGUAACUUAUAAUUUAUUUGUUUACUGUUGAUUUCUAUUUAUAAGAGAUCUGAAAAAGUGUUUCUCUUCUCUUCUGUAUUGUUUUUUUUGUAUUAAUAUUAAUUCAUCAUAUAGUUUAUUGUUCUUCAUGAAUACUAAUCUAAUAGGCAUGCUUACCUUACUUAAUUGUAUUUACAUUAUUCAUGGUGAAAAUUCUAAAAAACCAAAACAAAACAAAAAACCCCCCAGGACUAUUCAUUCUUUUUAUUCUUAUUUACACAAUUUGUUUUAACUUUCAAUAAAAUAAAUUUCAAAAAGGAUUCAAACAUAAACUGACUGAACUGUAAAAGAACUACUAUAUACUUAUUUUUGCAUAAGUUAAAAAUCUUUUAAAAGAUAGAAACAUUUACACAUUCAAACACAUACAAAAUUACGUUCAAUACAGGGUAUCAUUUGUUCUGAAUUAUUUUACCUUCAAAACCAGCUUAUAUAUACAUAUAUAUACGAUGUUUUUGAGAGGGAGAGGGAGACUUCUUCAGUUCUUGCCUUCUUCACUGUCUUUUUUUCUAUUUCUCAAAUUUCAUUUUUCUGAAACAGGUUUCUUUCUAAAAUCUAUCUGAUAUGUUAAACAGUAAAAAAACUAUCAUAAAAGCAGUAAUGAUGUUCAUUACAAUAAUAUUAUGAUAAAUUUUGACAAGGGUAAAACACAUUAACCAAUAAAAAUUAAUUGAAUUACAGUACAGUUUUCAAUUUACAGUCUUUAAUUAAAUUUUAUUGUUCUGUUAUGUUGCGAAUUAAUGAUAUAGAAUAGU